AUGUCUCUGGAUGAGACAGUACAGGCGGCAUACUGUGCUAGAUUGCUUGCUCUGCAGACGAUAUCACAGGGCAAAAGAAAGACUGAUAUCAAAUAUGCCGUGAUUAAAAAGAUCAAGUGGCAAGUAGAAGAGACAGUCAGCAUAAUGGCGGUCCCAUAUGACGCCAACUCGGAAGAAAGAACAGUGACUUGCAAAGGCAAGCAUCUACAUUCCCUGUGCGGAGGGAAAUUGAAGGGCCGUUGGAUUGCCGGCAGGGAUGUGCAAGAGAAACACAAAGACAUGAUUGAGGUUCAUUUCAAUAUCAGUAUUCCGCAGGUAGCCAAGACAGCAGGGGGUCAGGACCUCCUUUCUUUACAUGGUUUUGAUGGACAGGAAUGUCUUCAAAUAGAUGGACGCAAUGAAAGAACAGCAAUCAAAGUCAACCACCGGCUAAAGCUUGAUAUCAUCACGGGAGAGGAUACUUUUGAUCGGACGACUGGCAAACUCGUGGAUCGAAAGCCUCUGUGGAAGACCUUUCGCGCGUUCUAUCCUAUUUACAUAGAUCCAAUGGUUGUGGGUGAUGAUAUACCAGAAGGUGUCUUCAGCGCGGGUGAUCCUCUUCCAAUAUAUGAAGAUGCAUAUAUUAUGCCUCCACAUUAUGAAUCAGCAUUGUGA